UGCGGUAAGCAUCCAAUGUGUAUUAGUGCAGAUUGUGUACAGUGUUGUAGCUUAUGAGCGACGAGGAGGACACUGGAGAGGACGACCGCAGGAUCUUGCGAUCGGCUAGACGCCCAUUUGCCCACUUGGCAUUAGGACCAGAGGGUGACAAAUAUCUGUUCCGCCAGCUUAGGGAGAGGCAGCAGCAGCAGAGGAGGGCUAGAGCAGCAGAGGCUAGCAGGACACUUGUGAGUGAAGCCGCAACUUCGGUAGCCAUGGCCACUUCUGCGCAGCAGACUACUCAGGCCGGUAGUUCAGGAUCUCUAGGGUCAACGGUCGCGCAGACCCAGAGUCAGUCCACUGGCGUCAUGGCAAGCCAGCCACUAGUGUUGACGUCCGAUGAGAUCGCCAUACAACAAGCAGCAUUGCAGGAGGCACAGCUACAGAAGGCGUUAGGAGAUAUAAAAGCGGAGAAAGAAAGAAUGAUACGAAGAAGAACCAGGAUGCAGCGGAGACAAGCGGACGUUAGUGAGUUAGAGGGGAUGGACCAGACGCAUGUGACUGAUGAGGUGAGGAUCAUAUGGUCCGUCCUGCUGAAUGUAGUUGAGAUGCAGGACCAUCAGACAACCAUCCUUCAGGACAGCCAGCGAAGUCUGGCCCUGUUGGUUGGGCAAGCGCAGGCUACGUCGCCAAUGUCCGGGCCUGGUGCAUGGCCCGUUGUACAGCCUCCUCCUUUUGUCCCACCGGUGACUGGGGUAUCCCCAUAUGUAGCCCCAUCAUCGGUUGCGAUCGUUUCCCUGGGCAUGCCGCUAUCAGGAGGGAUCACAACAGGAUCUAGUUUGCAGGUUCAUGUACAGACAGUGUUCACCCAAUCUCCGUUGCAGGUUGCGGUUACCACGGAGCCUGCUGUCUCGCAGUCUGUACAGUCGCAGGGUACACAGCCCCAGCAGCUAGCACAACAACCUGUAUCACAGGGUCCACAGCCCGGAGUGAUGCAGGGACCGGGACAAACACAGUGGGUUCCAAAGACGGCCAUCGCCACUCCCAAACCUUUCACAGGGGAUAAGAGGGGCGAAGACCUCGACACGUGGUUGAGGGCAGUGACGGUCUAUGUCGAGUUCACCACGGAUGCUAGCCAAUAUGGCAUUGGCGCCGUGCUCGCGGAGCAGGAGUGGCCAAAGUUGAGGCCUGUGGAGUACAUGUCCAAGAAAAUGCCGUCUCAGAAGUUGGCUAAGUCCACCUAUGAGAAAGAACUCUAUGCAGUUUACAAGGCUCUGACCCAUUGGAGGCACUAUCUCCUUGGGAGGUUCUUCAUCCUCAGGACUGAUCAUCAGACCCUGAGAUGGAUGAGAACUCAGUCGGUACUCUCUGACGCUCUCAAGCGUUGGAUCGAAGUCAUUGAGCAGUAUGACUUUGACCCUCAGUAUCUAAAAGGGGAGUACAACAAGGUUGCUGAUGCCUUGUCGCGUAGACCUGAUUUCUCAGGUGCGCUGAUUACUGAGUUCGAUCUGACGGACAAUGUUACUCAGUCCUUGGUGGAAGCCUAUCGCGAGGACCAGUUUAUGUCUGAGAUCAUACGCAGACUUGAGGCGAAGGACAAGAAGACUUCUGCCGAGUUUGAGUUGGUCAAUGGCUUGUUGUUCCUUGAGAAGGCAGGGAAUAAACGAUUGUGUGUUCCUAAUAGCGAGUCUUUGCGUAGUUUAUUUUUAGGUGAGUGUCAUGAUGCCACCGGCCAUUUUGGGUAUACGAAGACCGCAGCCAAUCUGCUGCAGCGGUUCUGGUGGCCCACGAUGAUGCGAGAUGCACAGUUGUACGUGGAGACUUGUCAGGUCUAUCAAAGAGACAAGCCCCGUACUCAAGCUCCUCUUGGGCUGCUGAAGCCCCUUCCGAUUCUGGAACGACCUGGUGAGAGUCUGUCCAUGGACUUCAUGGAUACUCUAGUCACCAGCAAGAGUGGGAUGCGACAUCUUCGUCAUCGUGGAUAGAUUUAGAAAGUAUGCUAGGUUAGUAGCAAUGCCGGAAACAGCAAGAACGG